AUGGAAAGGAAAGGGUCGGUUCGCCGCGCAAGAGAAAUGCUUGAAGCUGGAAGACGCCCCGAGGCUCGAGGGCCUCCAGCGAAUCUUAGGCCGCCGCCUCCCCCUAUUAGGAUGAAUCAGGCUCAUAUGACCCAAUGGCCUUUGCCGAAUGACAAUCUGCAGGGCCCCAUGCCCAUGGUCGACCCCAGCGCCAGACUGUUCGUCCCCAAAGGUCCUCCGCCUCAGCGACCGCCGCGACCUGACCUGCCGUCCCCGUCAGUGUAUUCGGAGAGGAGCGACUCGGAUGCUACGCCUAGCCCACUGCAUAUUCAACGCCCUGUUCCCUCAUUCUCUCAACCUUUAGGGCAUCCGCCGCCGCCGCCGCGUCCGGUCAUCAGAGAUCCUGUCCCCCCAAGCCCCACUAGCCCUGAAGAGCCGACUACUCGAAUCUCCGUGGCGACUGAUGAUCUUUUCAGACAAUCCGCGGCUUCUUCGAUCGGCUCCAUCCCGUCCAUCCCGGAUUUCCCUUUUCCUGCCCAACCCGUAACCGCCGAAAGCCAGAGGCAAUUUCACAAACAGCAACCAAACCUCGCGCCGCCUCCCCUGGCACAGCUACGACCUGGACUAAAUCGUCAGUCCUCUGUUUCACCUAUCCCGGAGGAAGGAUCGGACAGUCCUACCAUCCAUGAAGGAUCAUUCGCAUCGAGCAGAGUCAUCCCUUCAAGCUGGGGCUCUGCUCGUGCCGAGUCGGAUAUUCUGGAAACCUACCUUGACGGCGAGUCUGACGAGGACCAGAGCCCUAAAUCUACGGGCGAGGCGCGUAACGUUACUCUCGUCCGACAAGCAAGCCUAGGCAAGAGAGGUGUACCAGCUCUGCGCACUAUCUCACGAUCUAACGCCGACUCACCAUUGCCGCCACCCCAAGAAUCUAUGCCGAAAAGUAUGCCCCAAGGAGCCGCCUUCAAAGAAGUCUCCGCCGGCGCAAAUGAUCGAAGAGAUUCGUUCUCUUCAACAUCCACGAGUUCAUCCCAUUUCGACCUGGAAAAGGCACCGAUUGUAUUGGAUCUUGGCCACCCGCACCCUCCCCAAAAUCGCGCAAACCCGAGCAUGGGAGCACUUGAAAAGGAGAUGGGCGCUCUUCCCAGGGCUGCUCCGACAAUGAGCGACAAAAGGCCGGGCGCUCGGAGACCUCCUCGCUUGGACAUGUCAGCUGUUCGCGAUGCAGAGAAGCGAGGCAGUUUGACAAGUUUGCCAGACUUGAUUCGACGUGCUACGAAACUGGCCUCCAACUUGGAACACGGCCGGACGGCUAGCAGGAAUGAUCUGCUUAACGCCGGUGGAGGCCCGAGGUUUGCCGGACAUCAAUAUCGCAGAUCUGGAUCGAUCAAGGAUCUCCUGGCAUCAUUUCCCCCUCCCGCCGCGACACCAGAAGGAGGACGCGGGUCGCCGUGGCCCGUCUUUUUCAGAAGGUCUACUCUGCAUCAUAUCAAGUCUAACGAAACUAUGCCGGAUGAGGCAGCAGGUAACGAGAAGGUUGAAAAGCGCCCUCGCCGUUGCUGUGGAAUGCCUCUUUGGUUAUUCAUCUUGAUCUGCGCCUUGGUCAUCAUUAUCAUCCUCGUGGCGGUCCUCGUUCCCGUCUUCCUUGUCGCCAACAAGAACAGUGGCGCAAACUGCGAGAGUAGCACGCCCUGCGCCAACGGGGGUGUCAGUGUUUCCAGUGGAGACGUCUGCUCCUGCGUUUGCUCGAACGGAUUUACCGGCUCGCAAUGCACAAUUUCCGGCGACUCCAGCUGCACCACGACUCAAAUUGGCCAAGGCUCAUCGUCCAAGAAUGCUACUAUGGGCAGCAACCUCCCGCGUCUGUUUGACAAUGCGCAAAGCGACUUUGGAGUGCCUCUAGACUCGGUCACGAUAAUGGCCCUGUUUAGCCAGAACAAUGUCUCCUGCACGACUGAAAACUCCCUCGUCGCCUUCAAAGACGUGCACACGGGCUCCAGCAAGGACCGUCGCGCUCUCCCAGUCGCAUCUGAUCCCCAACUGGCGUCCAUCCCAGACCAAGCCUUCUCCGACUCCAAGCCACCAACCCCCACAACAUUCGAUGUGCGCACGAAAACGCUCGCUGCUCGAGCCGAGAUCGGCACACAGAACGGCAUCGUCUUUGACACCUCCGUGCCGACAGAGACCAUGAAACCAAUGACCUUCACUGGUCUCCCCGAGGCAACCCAAACCAAGCCGUUAUCUCAUUCAACCACCACAUCAUCUGCUACAUCGACCGCAACCGCUUCGCCCUCCUCAACCUCCGUCUCCACCAGCGUCGUCGACUUCUCUCGCAUCGCCGUGCUUUACAUCUUCGAGAAAACCGGGGCCUUCCGCGCCGCUACCUACUCGGAAGAGAAGAUCCAAUCAUAUCUGGCCAAAUCGUACCCCGAUUCCGACAGCAACGAUUUCAGCGUCGACCUCACCAACGCCGGCGUCAAGGGCACCUUUUCUUUGGACUUUGAUAAGUACAGGAUAACUUUGCCGAAUGGAGAUGUUGUGGGCGGUGAUUGA